AUGAAAGAGCAUUAUUUAGCUGAACAACAUCAACAUGUCACUGCUAUAGUUGUUCGUCAAAUUGUAUCGCAGUUCAAAGAUAUACAAAUGCAUAAGAAUCUUGUUCGAGCAACAACUGUAGAACAUUCAAAUCCAACCACAACUCAAAUACAAGAGCUUUAUGAAACACUCAAUAUUUUUUCAGGUGGUAUUGAAACAUUGAACAAUGACCAGCAACGUCUAAACAAUGAAUCACUUCGAGUUCAAAAUGUGUUACCAACAUUGACCGAAGAAUUAUCAAAACUAAAAUUAUCAGUUGAAACAUCAAAUGUUUUUUUGGACGAAAUUGAACAAAAUCAAGACAUUCUCAAUCGAGUUUUUGCAUCACUGCAGGAAACAAUCAAUGAGUCACAAAUUAUUUCAUAUGAUGGAAUAUUUGUAUGGAAAAUUACGAAUUUUCAAGAGAAAAUGAUGGAUGCACAGUUGGAAAGACAAACAUCAAUUUAUUCACUUCCAUUUUUUUCAUCUCCGACUGGUUAUAAAAUGAGAGCUCGUUUGUAUUUAAAUGGUGAUGGAAGUGCUCAUGGUACACAUAUGUCACUCUUUUUUGAGCUCAUGCGAAAUUUGAACAAUGCUAUUCUCAAAUUUCCCUUCAACUAUAAGAUUAUCUUUUGUUUGUACGAUCAAAGUCCUGCAAAACGACAUAUUAUCCAUUCAUUUCUACCAGUUAUUAGUACAAACAGUUUUCAAGGAUCUGAAUUGGACAUGAACAUAAUAAGUGGUAUACCGGAGUGUUUUUCAUUGGAAUUGAUUCAACGGGAAGAAAAUUCAUAUGUACGAAACGACACAAUGUUCAUCAAAAUUAUGGUUGAUUUCAUAAAUAUACCCAAAGCACUGAUACCGUAUGCUUUCAGUCUCAAUCCGGCUCUACCAACUCAUGUUCAACAAACGAUGAUCAAGCAAGAAGAGGCCCGAAGAUCUCAACAGCGAUCUGACGAUCAACUGCAAAUGCAUGUAGAAUAA